CGUAUAAGCACAUGUCUGCGUUAAGAUGCUGCGCCGCUUUUCAUUGGAAGAAAAUAUUUGAAAAUUACCUCAUUGCAUGAUGUUGCUUUGGGUUUAUUAUCAUCAUCAUCUUUGUGUUUCUUUGCACAGGUUUUCUUGGCUACGGAUGUAAGGGACGCAGAAAGGGAAAACACAAGAUUAGCUAUAUGAUGCUCAUGAGAGGCACUGCAUUUGUGACGGUAGGAUCCAUCUGUGUUAUGUACCGCGUCUCCGAUUUUCAAAACGAGCCGCAUCAACGAAAUGUUGGGUAGGUCGUUCACCUGGAGGAAACAGACCCAACGCACAGUCUCCAUGCAGCACCGGGUGCCUCCUUAACACUGACAUGCCCGCGCCCAAAGGGCUACGAGAUACAGGCGCACGCGUGAAUUGGCAGGAGGAAGGGAAACGGGCUCGCACCGGGUGUCCGAUUCGGUGGAGGCCGGAUCGCAUCUGCUGGGGACAAGCAUCAAGGGCAGUGCGGCAAUCUAGCGAUUCACGAACAGGCGAAACGGAUCGUCGAUACACCCUAAAUGUCCCAAUCCCGCUGCAUUCCCAUUCCAGUUCCUCAGGAGUCACAAAGAUGUCCUAAAACGGCAGAUGUACGCUUUAAAAUGCAACUAAGCAGUCUUUUCUAUAGCACAUAUGCUGUGUUAUUGCUUUCAUUCGGGGUUUAUCGAGGAAAUAUUGAGUUGGAAAUAAAGACGAGGAUCUGUCAUCGUUUUAAGGGUUGCAAAAAGGGCCAAUGAAUAUAUUGCUUAGACACAUCCUUAUUUUUUCGUCAUUGGCCACACUGACUCCCAUCAUAAGCAGGACCAUGGGUUGCAUUCAGAGCAUCGCCUGCAAGCCCCGCAUCCGUCGGGAGAACAUAGUGGUGUAUGAGGUGUCAGCCUCCAUUGACCAGUGCCCGACCAUCAUUGAGGAGAACUCGCCCAUUGUACUGCGAUACAAGACGCCGUACUUCAGAGCAUCGGCCGGGAUUGUGAUGCCACCGGUUCCCAGAAACGAAACAUGGACUGUGGGAUGGAUUCAGGCAUGCACACAAAUGGAAUUCUUCAAUACAUAUGGUGAUAUUGGCAUGUCCAGCUGGGAGCUGCCAGAGCUUCGUGAAGGACGGGUGAAGGCCAUAAGUGACUCUGAUGGUGUUAGUUAUCCCUGGUACGGUAACACUACAGAAACAGUGACCCUCUCAGGCCCCACGUCCAAACCCUCCCGGCUAACAGUGAGCAUGAACGACAACUUCUACCCUAGUGUGACAUGGGCAGUUCCCAUUAGCAACAGUAACACGCCGAUGCUCACGCAUAUCACUCGAGACCAGAGCUUUAUCACUUGGCUGGUGGCACUAAAUGCAGACACCAAAGAGCGUAUUGUUCUUCAGACAGUACGUUGGCGUAUGCGGGUAGACAUUGAAGUGGAUCCAUCCAUGCCUCUAGGUUCUCGUGCCAAACUGAUGGGCCGACCACACCAAGAACAACCGCACAUUCUCAGCAACAAUGAACCCAUCCCGCCCAAUGCACUAGGUAGGCCCAAUGCCAACGACGCCCAGGUGCUGAUGUGGAGGCCCAGGAGGGGACAACCACUGGUGGUUAUACCACCAAAAUAGGGAUGUGCUUGCAGGACGAUGGUGUUGCUUACUUUGAAGACUGCAUGCACUGCUUGGACACAGCAGUAGUGGAUAUGAGAAACCACAAGUUUUUGGAUAUACAGGUGUCCUGUGGAUUGCCAGUUUUGUUGGUUUUGUUAAAUUCUCUGAACUUGACCUUCUGAGAAGAGAAAACUGAAUUGCCUUUCAACUUCAUAGCACUCAGUACUUGAUUGGUUAUCAUUUGAUGGAAAGACUAGUACUUAAUAUGAACUGCAUUUCAGGACAGGUGCUCCAUAAUGCAUGAAAGAGAUUAAAUAUUUGGUCCAUACGACUCAAAUCCGGCAUCCGAAGAAACAAGAAUGGUCAAUGCAAGUCCGGCCAGAAAUUAACACUUUUCUUUGUAGGACAACCAGCAAAACUCUUUGAAACUCACACGUCAGUUGAAUGAGACUUGAAAUGAGACUUUGGCAAAUGCUAGCAAAUAUCUUUUACAUGCUGUACGGAAAAAAAAAGACCACAGAGUGCAUGAAGACAUCAUCAAUAUUGUGGAGUGUGUUCAGUAAUUUCGGUACUCAAGAAGGCAUUGGUUGAUAUCCUCAACCAAUCAGACACAUCCUGGCACUGAAGAGUUGAUAGGAGUUUUGUUUAUGCUCGCACAUAAGUUUGUUUGAGUUGACGCAGUGGGUGCUGCACCAUAGGCAUUCAACAGAUUAGUCACAUGCCAUAUACUGUACACUCCAUCUGUGCCAUUCUCCAUCUGCCUAUCUCUCUGUAAUUCCUCAAGCUGUCUCAAUAUCUCCUCUCCCGUAGAGACUCCUUGGGAAAUUAUGACACAGAUGACAUUGAAUUUCCAUCACAAAUAUCAGGUUUAGCUUUUACCUCAAUCGGUCGGUGGUGGCUUAAUUUAGAAAAUAGCUAAUAUUGAGGCCCAUAUGGAAUCUGCAAAUAAGCUCCGCAGAUUUCUGCAGAAUUGAAAAGUCAUUCACAAAGUUCUAUACAUAACCCACCCCUUGCAGGAUUGUUUAUUAAAUAUUUUGGCUAAUUUGAAAAUGCUUUCAUCUAAUAAUAAGAGUAUUUGUUGUACUCACAGCUCCAUUUAAUACAUUUUACUAAAUCCAUUUUGCUGUUUUUACUCCAUCAGUACAGAAAAU